CAGCGAGCGAAGCCGCUUUGCUCACAGCGCGCCAAGCCGCUUUUUACGGAGCAGCCGGACAGCGCCUGGAUCGCGACAAGGGAACUUAUCCAGCGGCGCCGUUUUCCCGAAUGUGUGGCGGCCGCGCGCGAGUCUAUGAGACAAAUACACCCGGGGGAUAAUGUUCAUUAUGCAUACUUCUCUGCCUCUUUUCUUCUUCUUCUUCACCUUCACUAUUGCCACCACUGUUACUGCCACUACUAUCCUUCACCUGACUCGUUGAACGCAGCAUGCAACUCACUAUACGCUAAAUGAAUAAUGCACUAGAAUGUCCGCGCUGAAAAAGGGUUUCACAGCCUCUGAAGGGCGAAUGUAACCAGCACAAGUUCUCCCAUUGCUGCCUCUUGUGAAUACCUGCAACGCAAACAAAGCUCAGACAUUAUGGGGACAACUCAGGUUUUGCCUGGCAUUCUGCAGAAACACUGCUGUAUUUUACCAGAUAGGAAUACAGAGUCACAGUGCACACUCUGUGGUGAACCUGAAGGUUUGGAUUCUCUGACAGGGCAUGCAUUUGCAGAGGAAGACGGUGGUGACCUCCUCAAGACGGGGAUCAGUUUUCCUGGCACGCCAGAAGAAGAGCUAGAUCAGCUGUACUCAUGGUCUCCAACCCAGCAGUCCUUCAGUGAGGAAAGAUAUUCUCCUGUUUCAAGGAACAUGAAAGGAUUAUCUGGCAGUCGUAAUCAAUCACAAUUAUGUUCUGCGCAUACUUGUGGUUUAGCAUCCCCUGAAGAUUGUGAACACAGCCACGAUCAUCUUCAUCAUGGCCAGGAGUCAAGGCAAUCGUAUCUUCUCAGCCCAACUGAGAGUUGCCCAGUGGAUCACCAUCGCUGCUCACCACGAAGCUCCAUCCAUUCAGAAUGUAUGAUGAUGCCCAUGGUUAUGGGUGAUCAUAUGUCCAGUAGCACUUUCCCCAGAAUGCACUACACCUCACAUUACGAAACUAGGGACGAUUGCACCAUGUCUCAUGCAAACCCGAAGAUUAACCGGAUCCCAGCAAAUUUGCUGGAUCAAUUUGAGAAACAACUUCCUCUCCACAGGGAUGGCUUUCACACUUUGCAGUACCAAAGGACAUCCACCGCAGCUGAACAACGCAGUGAAAGUCCAGGUAGAAUACGUCACCUUGUUCAUUCAGUCCAAAAACUGUUCACAAAAUCACAUUCUUUGGAAGGCUCUUCCAAGAGCAAUGUAAAUGGGGCAAAGGGAGAUGGCCGAGGUGAUGACCAUCAUCAUGGACAUCAUUCUAAACAUAGCAAAAGAAGUAAAAGCAAAGAGCGAAAGCCUGAAAGUAAGCAUAAAACUGGAAUGAGCAGCUGGUGGAGCUCUGAUGACAACUUGGACAGUGAUAGCACUUACCGAACACCUAGUGUGGUAAACAGGCAUAAUGUGGACCAUAUCUCUCAUUGCUAUCCUGAAGCUCUUCAGGGACAUUUUGGGGAUCUCUCCUUAAAGACUUCAAAAAGUAACAAUGAUGUGAAAUGUUCAGCUUGCGAAGGUCUUGCAAUGACCCCGGAUGGCAAGUACAUGAAAAGGAGCUCUUGGUCUACCCUCACAGUAAGCCAAGCUAAAGAAGCUUAUCGGAAGUCGUCUCUUAAUCUAGACAAGCCUCUAGUUCAUCAGGAAAUAAAACCCUCCCUGAGACCAUGCCAUUACCUUCAGGUACCUCAAGAUGAAUGGGGAGGUUACCCUGCUGGUGGUAAAGAUGAGGAGAUUCCCUGCAGAAGGAUGAGAAGUGGAAGUUAUAUUAAAGCCAUGGGAGAUGAGGAAAGUGGAGAUUCUGACAGUAGUCCCAAAACAUCACCAAAGGUAGCAGUCCAUCCGGAAUCAUUGUUAAAAUCUAUUGGACAAAGAGCCCUUGGUGACCACCAGAAUCAGAGCUAUCUGCAAGCUACAAGUGAAGUGCCUGGUGGCCAUACCCUGGAUCCUUCGGCAAACUACAAUUCCCCUAAGUUUCGAUCAAGGAAUCAGAGCUAUAUGAGAGCAGUAAGCACACUCAGUCAGGCCAGCUGCGUUAGCCAGAUGAGUGAAGCAGAGGUCAAUGGGCAAUUUGAAUCUGUUUGUGAAUCAGUGUUUAGUGAAGUUGAAGCUCAGGCCAUGGAUGCCCUCGGCUUGCCAGGUUGCUUCCGAACCAGAAGUCACAGUUACCUGCGUGCCAUUCAAGCUGGUUACUCUCAAGAUGAUGAAUGUCUCCCUUCAAUGGCAUCUUCUAACAUCACCUCAACAAUCAGGUCAACAACGGCUGUAACUUACACAAGUUACAAAAAGACCCCUCCGCCUGUACCCCCACGAACCACCUCGAAGCCACUCAUUUCAGUUACAGCACAGAGCAGCACAGAAUCCACCCAGGAUGCCUAUCAGGAUAGCCGGACUCAGGGGAUUUCCCCAUGGCCUCAGGAUGGCCUCAGGAUGUACAACUCCACGGACAGUUUGGAUAGUAACAAGGCUAUGAAUCUGGCCAUGGAAACGGCAGCUGCACAACGCCACAUGUCGGACAGUCAAAUCAGCUCUGUGAGAACCAGUGACAAGGCCAUCCUUGUGACAAAGGCUGAGGAGUUCUUGAAGAGUCGGCGCUCCUCUAUAGGGAUCCAGGUGGAAGCAGCAACUGAUUCAGACAACGAUAGUAAAGGCUUACGGGAGUAUCAUUCGGUUGGAGUGCAAGUGGAAGAUGAUAAACGCCAUGGACGAUUUAAGCGCUCAAACAGUGUAACGGCAGCUGUUCAAGCCGAUUUAGAACUUGAAGGCUUUCCUGGACACAUAACAAUGGAGGACAAGGGACUUCAGUUUGGUGGCUCUUUCCAGAGACAUUCAGAGCCAAGUACUCCUACUCAGUAUGGUGCAGUAAGAACUGUACGGACACAAGGCCUCUUUAGUUAUAGAGAAGAUUAUAGGACCCAGGUUGACACCUCCAAUCUCCCGCCACCUGAACCCUGGUUGGAACCAUCCAUUGAGACCAUUGAAACAGGACGAAUGUCUCCAUGUCGACGGGAUGGGUCAUGGUUUAUGAAGCUGCUACACACUGAGACUAAAAGGAUGGAAGGAUGGUGUAAAGAGAUGGAGAGAGAAGCAGAAGAAAAUGAUCUUUCUGAAGAAAUUCUAGGUAAGAUUCGAAGUGCUGUAGGAAGUGCACAGUUGCUAAUGUCGCAAAAAUUCCAGCAAUUCUAUUGGCUUUGUCAACAGAAUUUGGAUCCCAGUGCUAUGCCCCGACCAACUUCACAGGACCUGGCAGGAUUCUGGGACUUGUUACAACUCUCAAUUGAAGACGUCAGUAUGAAGUUUGAUGAACUGCAUCAGAUGAAACUGAAUGAAUGGAAAAUAAUAGAAUCACCCGAAAAAAAGGAAGAGAGAAAGGUUCCUCCACCUGUACCAAAGAAGCCCCCUAAAGGAAAAUUCCCCAUCACCCGAGAGAAGUCUUUGGAUCUGCCCGACCGACAACGCCAAGAAGCUCGAAGACGCCUCAUGGCUGCUAAGCGGGCAGCCUCUUUCCGGCAAAACUCCGCUACGGAGCGUGCAGACAGCAUUGAGAUCUAUAUUCCAGAAGCCCAAACGAGGCUUUAAAAGACCCAGAUGCUGCAUCGUUGCUUCCUCUUUUUUAAACAAACGAAGGAACCAAGCAAGUGCUUCUACAGCUGGUCUCCUCUUCCCUGCUCUUUUUUUCCUCCCUAUUCCUGGCCCCCUCCCUGCCCUGUUGUUGUCUCCUUUGUGCCAGACGCACAACAGAAUGCUGUUUAUGUCCUCAGAAUUUGCUGAGCCCGUUGCAAGAAUCCCUGCUCUUUUCUUUUUUGUAUUAUUAGGAUCGGACUACACCAGUCAGCUCCAAUGCAUAGGGCUUGUUGAGACCUUACCUAUAAAAAUUAUGUUCUCAGAGGACAACAGGAAACACCUCUUGAGAUGGAACCCAGCUUACUUUUUUGGUUAUUUAUAUUUUUAUAAAUGAUGCGAUAACUAGGAAUAAGAAAAAAAAAACCACAAACUUUGAAUUGGGUGCAUCUCUCCAUUCACCAGAGGCAUUAGCUAAUUCAAGUAGAAGGUGCUACAAAUGUAAAGUGCAAGAAAAGAAGGAAUCCAUUUCUCUCCUCCCUUCCCUUCCCUUCCAGCUUCAGUUUCUUUGCCUUGAACCCGAUUAGAUUUUCUGCCCACGUGCUCGGCAAUUCUGCUUCUCUUGGUUACUGCAAACUCGCACCAGGUCUCUCCUCACAUCUCACACUGAGUUUUUGGAGAUGAACAGAAAUAUCCAGCCAUGAAAACUCCAACAUUCAUCCAGAACAGAGAAGCAUAGGAAUCAUUUCCAAUUGGGAAAAUCUGUCCCUGAAAGAAAGUGUCCUCCUUGGACACCCAUCCAGAAAUCUGAAGGAAAAAUGCAAAGGAACUUGAAGAAAGAGGAACAAAGGAAAGCCUUAAGAAUUUUGAUCAUCUGUAGCAAGAUGUGAAAGCUCUAUUUACUCUUUGAGAACAUUCAUUACAUUUUAAACAGUUCUUUUAUGUUGUACUUCUUUCAUUUGUGAACACUCUUUUUUUUUUAAUUUGAAAAGCGAUGCUACGCGUAAUAUUUGAAGUUUCAAAAUGCUAGAUCAAUUGAGUUUCCAGGGUAUCCUUUCAAACAAAAAACAAAACACAAAAAAAGUUUGCUUGUUUAAAAUACCAGUUGUGAUGUUGUAACCAGUUUAAGAAAUAUGAAUGUGAGUGGUAAGUAUAUCUCAGUUUCAAUGGUAAUCUUAAGGUAAAAAAAGGUGAACUGUGGUUUACAUUUGUAUUUUUUUUCCAAAAUUCUUUUUUCCUAUGCAGUAUGAAUUAAAGAUAAGAAAAAGUUUCUUGAUUGUUUCAGACGUAAAGAACAUGUUUUAAAAAACAUGUGGCUUCUAACAGUAGAAUGUAAGAAAGGUAGCAUGUUUCUAAGUUCUUGAUCAACAUCACAGCAAAAGCUAGAAAUUACACAGAAGUUUAACAAAUUCUGAGAAUAAUGCAUUAUUGUUUUUGCCUUCUUAAAGGCUGUGAUCCAAGUUUUUGAAUCUUUUCAGGUGAAGAUACAAGAAAACAUAUCCCGCCACUAUCGAAGUCAGAAUUCUGAGUCAUACAAAAUAUUAGAACAGAGUCAAGAUUCUGUUAUCAGUCUGUUAAACAAAAUGUAUUUAGCCAUAGACAGAACCGCUAUUUAAACUACAGCACUUUGAUUCUUCACCUUGAUGAGCACUUUAAAUAUGUAGUUUGCGAGCCCUUCAGCUUGUCACAUGACUGAAAAAUGCUAGACAUUUUAACAGCAAUCUCCAACCAGGUGCCCUCCAUAGAUGUUGAACUACAUCUCCCAUCAUGCUAGUUUGCAUGAACAAUAGCAGUGUUAUAUAAGAAUUGUACAAACGAUGGGGAAGUUUAGUCCUAAUGUAUCUCAAGAGCACAUGUUGGAGAUUGCUGUUGUAGGAAGUAAAGAAGACAUUAGGGUUUCCAUCCCUCAUCCCCCUUUCUUCCAAUAUAUUUUGUUAAGCAUGCAUUCUGUUUUAGGACAAAGCUGAUAUAAGCAUGUUUAGCUUCAAGAUACGAAUCUUUAGAGUUGAAUGUUUGAGAAGGAGGGAACACUGUAAAUUGAGCCUGAUCUCUUAUGUAGAAUUUACCAAAUAGCCUUAAAUUGCAUUUGGAAGCAAAAAAAAAAACAAAAACAAAAACCCAUGAGGAAUGUACAGCAUAAAGAAAGAAAGAAAGAAAGAAAGAAAGAAAGAAAGAAAGAAAGAAAGAAAGAAAGAAAGAGAAAGAAAGAAGACGACAACAACGAUUAACAAUAAUAAUGAAAUAUUAAUAUUCCUGAACUAUUAGUCUGUGAUGAUUAAGAUAUUCCCAUCCACAGAGUAUUCAAAGAAUUUCUGCACUUGGAAAUAAAUUGAUUUUGGGGUAGUGUACAAUAUUAAUGCUGCUUAUAGUUUUGUUUUAAAUGCAAGAAUAUCUGCAGGGAUAAGGCAUCUUUAAAGAUAACUUUAUUUCAAAUGGAGCUGUUAAUUAGAAAUAACUACAUGGAAAUAAAAGAAUAAAAUAUGCAUUUCUUUGAGACAGCAGAUUUGAAAUAUAUCUUUCUCUCCUUCUGCUACAUCCCUAUUAUGCUGCUAUGUUUUUAUUUCAUUUUAUUUUAUAAAUAUUGCGAAAUCACAUGUGCUUUUCAUCCUUCCUUUAUAUAGAUAAGGGACUGAGGGUGAUAAAAUGAUCUACAUUUGAUUCACAACCAUAGCAUACCCAGAGACAAAAAAAAAAGUUCCUAGCUAUGAAAUAGAAAGCUUAGAACAGCUAACCAUAUUUGCACAUCAAUGCCCUCCAAUAUUGUUUGCACAAAAAAAUCAUUAAAUUUUAAACUGUUUUUGCUGGAGCUGUAAUUAGUGAUUGCACAGUUAGGUGCUUCUGUAUUCAAUAUUCGGUUUCUACUAUUUGCAAUGUAUGUUAGUGUACCAGCAAUGAUGACAACAACAAAAAUAUAUGCUAGAUUGAAAAAGCACAUAUAAACACCCACAGCUCCAGCAAAUAUACAUAUUUUUUUUUAAAAAAAAGGUGUAUAUCCAAUUCACAUACAAUUAAUAUAAUAUAUAGUUUGAUCCUUUCUCUAAGAAUUUAAGAGAGGUUCCCAAAGGAAAAAUUCACUUCCGGGACAAACAAAAUGUUAUUCAAAAUAGUCUGAAGUUCUUUUGGGGGUUUUUUUUUUUUUACAUAAAAUCAUUUUUUAAAAGCAUACUCUCAUUGAAAAGGAAGGCAAAAUAUAUGAAGGGUAAAUUUGGCUCUUUUGAAAGUUCUACGCUAAAUUGUAUGUUGCUCACGCAGUGAUGGGAAUAUGUUGAAGGAAUGCCUUUGCCACUGUAUGUCCCCGUUUGUUCCACUUCUGUUCCAAAGAAAAAUCUUUAAAAUGUAAACCAGAUGCCUUCUGCCCAUUCCAAUGAAAUGUUACCUGUUCACAAGUUGAGUUUUUAAGUGCAAUAUAUUUAAUCUCUUUUAUAUAGGAAAGAUUAAAACAAUAAUGGCAAAUAAUAAGCCAUGCUUCUUAUGUAUUAUAUUUUUAAUUUGGGAGAGGGAGAUAAAAAUUAGUCUUUCUAUUACGUGUGUCACAAGUCAUUCGGCCCUGUCUAGAAUGAAUGUGAAAAGUAAUAUAUUUGAGAAUGACUUGCAGUGCUUUUGAUUUAAAGACUCUUUCAACAGUAUAAAAUACAACUGUAUAUUGCAGGACCAUUGAAAAUUAAUCACUUCCAUUUCAAUUAUGACUAUAUUCCUGUUUCAAGACACAGCAAAGUUAAUGAGUUUGGGAAAUAAAAUGCUCUAAUUCUAAUAACAAUAGACAAAAUAAUAGUAAAACUUGCAAAAUAGUGUCUCACAUGCAUACAAUAUCUGUUUAGAAAUAAGAUCCAUUAAAAUGCAGAUGGUUUAUUCUCAAGCCAUGUGGGCGUGGAGUUGCAACCUGAUUUUGUUUUGUUUUAAUAAAAAUGUACGUGUAAUUAUUAGAAUCAUGAACAUUAUUGCAUUAGGUUAAUAAUGCUGUCCUUCAUAUAUUUAUUCAGAAAUAAGCACUAUAUUUCAUGGCAUUUACUUCCACACUUUCUAAUCCUAAACCCAUAUUCACGGUAGUGAGCCCCAAUGAAUUCUGUAAGCCUUAAUAACGUAUAGUUUUAGAGCUUGAUGGCAAACAGCAGUCCUUAUGCUGGCAUAUCUCAAAUAGCCUCAUUAAAGUUAUUGCAUCUUGUUUUCAAGUAAACAUGCAAAGAAUUAGCUUGAAUGGAACAAAUGUCUAAAUGAAAGCGGAAACUAUUCUUGACUUCCUUUUCCAGGAGUCUGGGCUAUGGUUUAUAUCACCCGUCUUCCAUUUUAUGUCAGCCAUUUAUUAUCAUCUUUAUUAACAUUCUUUAUGAGUUACAUCCCAUCAUUUAAAACAUCAUUAGAGCCAAUUACAGUAAAAUAUUUUGUAUGUACAUUAUGAUUUUACUACAUAAUUGAUCUGAAAGGACUUUCUUGGAAUAAUAUGCAAGGAUGAAAAUAUCAUUAUGGGUAAAACCAAAUGGUAUUUGGUAACUUUUAGCUCAUUAUCAACAAACUAAUUUUUCUCUUACCUACUUUACUUACAGCACAUAUAUGUUGAAUUCAGAAAAAAGAUGUGGUUUUUAUAUAAAACAUUCAUUGAAAGCAUUUUGAAAGACAGGAAUUUGCUGUUUUGCUAUUAUACGCACAGUCACACACAAGCACUUAAGAUUGGUUGUAUCAAAUGCAUUCCAGAAGCCAUGCAUCUAUUCAAAGAUUUCCCUCUUCUACAAAUGUAAAGGAGCCUUCAAAGUGAGCAUGACACCACAUCCUGCAGUUUUCUUAAGAACAAUGCAAAAACCGUUUGCCAUCCUGUCUUUCUACAAGGCUUUUCAGUUUAGCCUAGAGCUCUGCUUCUCUGGAGGAGUUCCCUCUAACUGCUAACUAGGGUGGACCCUGCUGGGCUUCCAGGCCCAAACAUUGUACGUUAUCAUCAGCUAAAAAUUCUGAAAGCCUGAAAAUAUGUUCGUUUCUUAGAAGCAAACUGACGAAUGCUUAUGUUAUUCUGACUCAAUUCUUCCCCUGCCAGAGCUCUCCUUCAUGUAGAAUUGUUAAUCCCUGCACAAAUGGAUAUUGACAGUGGAUAUUCAAAACAUGUUGAGAUAAGAUUGGCUUAGGGGAGAUCUCCCUCUUUCAGAAAAUAAUAAUGGUAUCUUUCCUUAAUCUUUCCUUAAUUUGUUAGUUUUAACAAAUUAUUUAAUCUGGGCUGUAAAAGUACAGAUGACCACUAAAUUCUUACUUUGCUACCCUCUAGUGGAUCUCCUGAUACAGGCAGCCUUCCUUCUCCAGUGGCCAAGCAAGCAGCAGGAGAUAUAACUCAGAGAUAUAACUUUGGCCAUUGUUUCCUGUACUAUUAAGGCUUGUCAGUGAGUUUCCCCCCCCCCCCCCCCACCCCACUGUUACAUCCUUCUGGCUCGUUUUCAUCAGAUUAGUUAGGCAAAAUGGGCCAAUUGGUGGGAUAAAGAUAUUUCAAUGACAUAACCACUCAUGUGAGGUUUAACCCUUAGAAGACAAAAUAUUGUUGGUAUUUCCAUAACCCAACAACAGCCCUCCCUCCUGAUCUAGUUAAGAUGCUGGAGGAAUAGGACUGUUGUGACUCCAUUUCUCUAAAAAUAGUUUUGCACUAGUUUUACAUUUGCACAACUGCAACUGGAGCUUCUUAGCACCUAGGAAUUAUAUCAUCAUGCAGGUUUCUUUGUUUAAUUAGCAGUGCCUCAUGUACCUUGCUAAUGUUUGUAUCAUUUAUAUAUUAAUUCCAUUUCUCAUAUUCAUUCCUUUCAUACAUUUUAAUUAUGGGACAGCUCUAGAGGUCUGUGCUCCAUUUACUCACAAGGGCUUCUAUAGAAGAUUUAUCAGCUAGAUGAUGUAAUCAGAAAAAGAAAUGAGGGUAUCCGUUCCAUGCAUAGUUCUCUUUCUGAAUAAGAUAUGGAGUUCUGAAAUGUUGUUUACAUUUUGCUUGCAUCUUCCUGGCCCUGUACAAUGCAUGAAUAUUUAUAUAAAAUUAAGUUCUAAACUAUAGAAUGGAAGCUUAGGAAAAAAACUAAUUAAGGGAGAAAGUAUUGCAAUGACAAAAGCCACAAAGAUAAACAUAGCUCCUUUUUGCUUUAUUUUUUGUAUCCUUUUCCUAAUCAUGUUUUUUAAGAUGGCUGAUACAAUAGAUGUCUGAGUAAUAUAAAAGCUGGAAAGCUUUUCAUAAUCAAAUGGCUUCAUACUGAGUAUGAGAUAAAAAAAAAAAUAGAAAUCAGCCAAGACUAGCUAAGAGUCUAUCAGAGUCCCUUUUUUUCUUUCAACCAAACAAUAAUCACAGCAGGGUUGGUCUGAAUAUAAAUUUGGAUCUAUAAAACCAGCUCUUUUUUUAACAGAGCAUUUUCCCUGUUCUGCAAAAUAUACUCAAUGCUUAAUGACAAAUGUAGAUAAAGUCCUUAUUGAAAUUUUGUAUUCUCUGUCCUGUCCAUCAUUCUGCCCUUUCUCAAUGUACAAUUAUCUGUGAGAUGUACAUUCAUAUCUGCAAAUUAAUUUGCCACUGAGCUUUGGUUAUUUGUCACCCUUUCACAUUUAAAGGGCUCAAGAUAUAUGCAUUGUCUUCUCUGUUAUAUAUAUUUAUUACUUUUUUUAAAAUAAUGGAUCACAGUGGAUUUCUUUAAAAAGAACUCUCUAAAAUCCAUGCAAAUACUACUAUACUGGAGCUGUUCUUUCCUAUAAGCAAAAAGUCACUAUUAUAGUACAGCUUCUUCUGUGCAGGAAUAAACAGAGGUUCACUUAGUGAGUAAUGCACCAAAAUAUCCAAGGUGGCCUCGCAAUUAAAUCAAAUCAAAUUCCUCUUAUAGAAUUUCAAGGAAUGUUAGAAACAGGAAAAUAGUUAUUUAAUUUAUUGUUAAAGAAAUAUAUAUAUAUAUACCCACACAAGAAAUCAUGUUAACAAUGAGGACAAACUGAGUGCCAAAUAUUUGUCAUCUGUAUAAAUCUACACUACUAGAGAAACUAUUUUAUGUAAUUCUCUUUUCCCAUGCUUUUACGGUUCUUUUGAGCAGUUCUGUUUGGUAGCAUGCAGGAUAUCUAUACAGAAUAUACAGUGCAAUGUUUCAUUACAAUAAUUUCUUGCUUCUCGGUAAUAUCUCAUUUAACAAAAAAAAUAUUGUUUAUUUGAAACUUCUUUGCCAAUUGUUUUAUUCCUGGUUUUUUUUUUUUUUCAUUAUCUUUUCUCUGCCUUCGGCUAAUUGUAAGAAGAAGAAGAAAAAAACAACAACAGAUGUGCUUCAAUACUUUCCCACUCUCCCAUGGCUCUUUUAUGAAGCUGCCUCUUUUAAUUGGUUCCUGUAUUGUUUAUGACCAUAUUCUGUAAAUAAUUCUGCUAUUAAAUUUUUUGACAUAA